GUAUAUUAUAUAUAUUGGCAAUUGUGGUUGGUUUAAUUAAUGUCAGUGAAUGGUGCUGCUCAUGUCUGCAAAUAAAGCAUGCAAUAUAACGCUGCAACUUGUACUAUAAGACUAAGUGCAUGAACCUAGAAGAGAAAGUUACCAUGGACUUGGUUCCUCCAUCUGAUCAACACCUUUGUUACGUUCGUUGCAACUUCUGUAACACUGUCCUCGCUGUUGGAAUACCAUGCAAGAGGCUACUAGACACUGUGACAGUAAAGUGUGGACACUGCAGCAACCUCUCUUUUCUCACAACAAGACCACCAAAUUCCAAAACUCAGACUGUUGAUCAUACCCUCACUCUCCAGGGAAUUUACAGUUGCAAAAAGGGACAACCAUCGUCUUCCUCUUCUUCUUCCCCAACUACAUCACCUGAGUCAUUGUCCCCUAAACCACCACCAUUUGUUGUCAAACCACCAGAGAAAAAGCACCGUCUGCCUUCUGCUUACAACCGUUUCAUGAAAGAGGAGAUACAGCGCAUCAAAGCAGCGAACCCUCAGAUCCCACAUAGAGAAGCUUUCAGUGCUGCUGCAAAAAAUUGGGCUAGGUUCAUCCCUAAUUCACCAACCAGUUCACUUUCUGCAACUAAACGUAACACUGAAUGAAAGUUUUAUGGCAUCAAUGAGGAUUUGGAGCAAAGUGAAGCAUUAGGUGUCUACUAGUUUUAAAUAAGUUAAGUUAUUAUAAAUAUUGCUAAGUUGUAUUGUUGUCUUCUAAUACCUUCAGUGUGGAGGAUUUUAUAUGUUAUAAACCAGUUUCAUAAUGGUUAUUAGACUUUAUAUUAUUAAUAUUUUAUGUAUGAAAAUGUGUUUGGGUGUGGUAAAA